AUGCGAUGGCCCUGGGCCGCCGACUCCUCCUCUUCGUCAGAGGAACCCAAAAGGCGCCCCGUCUCCUGGGCUGACACGCUCAACGCGACCGACUGGGCCCACUACACCGAGCCGCGCACCGUCAUCCCCUCGGUCCUCCUAACCCUGACCACGCUCGCACUGUUACGCGUCUACAAGGCCCAUCUGCGCCGCAUCCCCAGCGUCGACCACAUCAAGCCUGAGAAGUUCAGGACGAGCAGCUUGUUCGGGAAGGUCACGAGCGUGGGCGAUGCGGAUAACUUUCGGCUAUUCCAUACGCCGGGCGGGAGGCUGGCGGGGUGGGGAUGGGCGCCGGGGAGGAGGGUGGAGGUGAAGAAGGGGAUUGGGAUGAAGACGAUACACGUCCGCAUCGCCGGCAUUGACGCCCCCGAGCUCGCGCACUUCGGCCGUCCAGAGCAGCCCUACGCGAAGGAGGCGCAUGCCUGGCUCACGGCCUACAUCCUCGGCCGCCGCGUCAGGGCAUACAUCCACAGGCGCGACCAGUAUGACCGCGUUGUCGCGACGGUGUUUGUGAGGCGGUGGCUGCUGAGGAGGGAUGUCGGGCUUGAGAUGCUCAGGAGGGGUCUGGCUACUGUAUACGAGGCGAAGAGCGGGUCUGAGUUUGGGAGAUUUGAGCGGAGAUAUAGGGAUGCUGAGGAGAGGGCGAAGAGAGGGAAGGUGGGUAUGUGGGCGGAGCCGGGCUUGUUGGCGAGGCUGAUGGGGGAGAAGCCGAGGGAGACGGAGAGUCCGAGGGAGUAUAAGAGGAGGAUGGGGGAGCUGGAAGAGGGGAAGGUCAAAGGCAAGGGGAAGAAGCAAGGAGAGUCGCGAUGA